GGACGCGAAGAAGAAGUCGACAGAAGACGACGACGACGACGACGACAUACGUUCUCCGUGCGAAUCGCAUCUCCGCCUCAGCAUAUUUAGAGAAAGCUUUGCCGCGCUCACAGACAGUCAUUCGCUGCUUGUUCCCUCCCUCCGUUUGUGCCAGAGUGGCGCCUUUGGUGCCCCCAGCAGCACCAGGGGGUGUCAUUUCCUGUUUGGAUCUGCAGCUGAUGCUGCUGCAGUGACAGCUCUUCAACUGGUCCAAAUUGAAGCUCAGGCCCAGAUUGCUCUCCAGCAGCUCACAGCUCUAGCAGCUAUAACUGCUGGCAACCAGUCUCAUCUCAGUCACAGACAAAAAACUCCUCCUCACCUGUCGUUCCUCAAUCUCAUCAAAACACAACAGGCAUUCGCCGUAGGGUUAAAUACAGCAGCCAACAACACAAACUACAAAACUACGCCUUGUAAUCAGUCAGGUGCCAUGUAUCAUCACCAUUCCCAGCAACAAGGGCCACCGCAAGGCUUUUCCAACAGGCCCCGACCCUCACAUCAUCAACAUCCAAAUCAACAGCAACAGCCCAGCCGCUCUGCUGAUGUGCUGUCCCAGACGUUGGGUUUCCAGUUCCCUCGUCCCACCCAGCUGCCUGAUGAGCUUGAGUCAGCCCUGGCUAUCAGGGGUUCUAGGGACAUGGACCAUCGUCUGCUAGACCACAUGAAUAGAUCAAACCAGGGAUCAGGGCCUGGGAUGGGCCAGUGUUCAUCAGAAUCUGGAGGCUACAGUUCCAGUUCCAUACCUCUCAUUUCUGACAAUCAGCCUGGUCACCAGCAAGGGGGAGACUGGUCAAGUUACAAACAUCCUAGUAAACUGUUUACUGGCCCUUCCCACCAGGCUCAGCGGCAGCCCCAGAACAGCUACUCUGGAACUGGCAUGCAGAGCUGGAACACCCCUGUUACUGACACACCUCCUCAGGCUCGGGGACCCCAUGGAGGAGGAACUGGCAGUGGUGGAAACAGUGGAGGGGUAGAUGGUCAAAGUUUAUACACCCCAGAGAGUGCAGGAAGUAUCCUAGCUAGUUUUGGACUGUCCAAUGAAGACCUGGAGGUGUUGAGUCACUACCCUGAUGAUCAGCUGACCCCUGACACCUUACCAUUCAUUCUCAGGGAUAUCCAGAUCAACAAGUCCAACAAGAACAGUGCAGCACCAUCUUCCUCCUCAUCCAAUUUCCCACAAAGUAUUUCACGCAGCAUCCACAAUGUGCCACAGUCCACCUCCUGCUCGUCUCCAUUGGAACGGUCGCAUUCGCCAGAGGUGCCCAGCCUUCUUAGUGUCACUCAGACGGCAGGAAAAGUCAUCGAUUAUGGUCAUGCCAGUCGGGCAACAGAUGAAAGCAGUGGCAGAGACACUUUUAAACGUGAACCACUGUCCAGCGAAAGAACAGUUAAAAUGGUGUACUCUCCGCCACCGUCCCCAGUUCCCAAACACAAAGCAGAAGUGGCAGAAAGACGAAUGGUUCGCUUGGAACACACUGAACCAAACAAGCACGGGGACCUGGACUAUCGCAGGACAAGUGGCGAUAUUCACAAGAGCAAGCGAUCACCUGUCCGAGAAUUUCCAUUAUCGAAACCUCGUCGUCCAGACCGGGACUACAGACGGGAUGUACCCCAACGAAGUACCCUGUCUGGAACCAGGAGUGAGUCUUCAUCAUUGUCCCGGCAUCCUGUUUCCUCUUCUGCCUCAAAGGCACAAGGCAGCACCAAGAGGUUACCCACCCCAACCAUGAUAAGUGAUUUCUCAGCGGAGCCUCCAAAGGUGUACCCCCAUACCUGCUCCCUGUGCCACACACAGUGUGAUCAGGCUAAGGAUUGGAUUGAGCAUGUUAACACUGUCAGCCACACUGCUGCCUGCAGAGACCUUCGCAACAAGUAUCCUGACUGGAAGCCCAAUCUCAAAAGGAGAAAUACCCCAGAUGACAGCCGCACUCCUUGGCCCGCUAAGGGACGCUCUCCAUCACACUCGAUCUCCCGCUCCCUCUCUUGGUCUCCCAGCCCUCCUCCCUCAAAACGCAGGUUGGGCCCCCACCCUCACAGACCGCAUGAGAGUCCUUACCCUCCUCACCAUCGCCUUCGCCAUCAUCACCAUGGAGACCACACCCAUCGUUCGGAGCCGUGCCCCUCCGAUGUACAUAGUCCUAGCCGCUCCCAUAGGGGAUCUUCUUCCUCGAGCAGCCAUCAGCCAGAGAGGAAAGCCAAGGAAUCAUCAGGUGUUUCCACAAGCAGCUCUCGUAGCGGCCUAAAGCGUUCCCAUGAUGAUUCAUCCAAAAGCCCUGUUGGCUCUAACAGCAAUUCAUCCUCCUCAGCUACCAAGCCCGAGCAGUGCCCCAAAGCUGAACCACCACAAUCCUCAAACAAGACUCCCACUAAGACAGGGUCUAGUUCUUCUACUAAGGCAACCAAGACUGCUGCAACCACUGAGCCUGCCACGUUCCAGACGCCAAAAGUGCAGCCAUCCAAGAAAAAGAAAAAGGCAGCAACUCCAGUCUCCCAGGCCCCUGUUGCAGCCUCUUGUCAAGUGUCUCUGACGGGUAUCCCCAAGAACGCCUCUGAACAGGAAGUGAGCGAUAUGGUUGGAGCCUUUGGGAAAUUCGACAAUUUGGUCCUUACUCCAGGCUCUGAGGAGGAGGGCGAAAAGGACAAAGUUGCAGAACAGAAGGCGUCACUAUGUAUGAUGAAGGCUGAGGACGCCCAGGCUCUCGCUCAAUGCACAGACCUCUUUAUUAAAGAUCAGCAAAUCACCGCCUCAAUAAUUACGAAACCAGAAGGAGAAAAAUCAUUGGCAGACACCAACAAAGGCAAACCUAGCCCACAAAAGAGCAAGUCUGCUGCUGAUGGUAGAAAACAAGGAAAUGAAGCUGACAAGAAGACUGGCGAUGAGAAGGGGGUGGUGUUGAUCGCGGCAUUUCCUGAGAGUGGCUGGUCAGAAAGUGACAUCAUCAAGUUGGCCCAGCCAUUUGGAACUCCAUCUGGCAUUAUCAUUGCAGAGGAAAUCGGAAAGGCUCUGGUGUCACUGCCCACCGCGGAGAUGGCUAAAGAGAUGGUUAAGGUCCACUCCUUUAUCCCAGCGAAGAUUGGUGACUCAGAGCUGAAGAUUACCAGCCUUAAAAGUCCCAUCAGCCUCAGAACACCAGUGGCGCUCUACAACCUUCUGAACAGACCACUGGAUCCAUUAGAGGCCUCGGCUGCGGCUGGUUGGAGCAGCUUGUUGGUUAUAAGCAAUGUGCCAGACACCCCCAGUGGUCCCACCGAGGUUCAGAAACUGGUUAAACGCUUUGGGACGGUGAAAAACACCCUGGUGCUCAAUAACAACACGAUCAUCUGUGAGAUGGAGACGGCAGCCUUGGCCCUCGCUGUUCACAAGCGCUUCCAGAAGUUUCCAUGCAUCGUCCAGAACAGCCCUCUAACCUUCACCCGCAAGGCUGACCCCAAACCCACCACACAAGGCAAAGUCAUUGCUGCUUAUGUGGACUCACCCAAGGCUCCACCUGCCAAUGGUAAAGAUAGCCAGGAAACUUCCCUUACAGCCGAGGAGGACUUGGAGCCUCAAGAUGAAGGAGAAUCUGUAUCAGAGGGGAAGGAAAGCGAUGAGAAUAAUGGUGAAAAAGCAGAAGAAGAUGAACAAACUGGUGAGGGCAAAGCUGGAGAAGAUGAGAGCGAAGAAAACAAUGAGGUCCAACAACAUGAGGCUGCAGAAGAGGCUUCUGACUCUGCUCAAGCCAAUGAGCCAGAAGCUGACACCGACGCGAGUAAAGCAGAAACGGCAGCUGUUAAAACCGCCGUUAAGCAACCUGCCAACAACAAAACUGUUCCUCCAGCCCAAGGAGAAAAUGCCAAAUCUCCUGAACCAGAGGAGACCAAGACCUGUGAUGAUGGUGAGACAUCGGCUGCUAAAUGUGCCGAUUCCACCCUUCCCAAGGUUACUCAAGAGAUGGUUGACGCACUGCGUGAGGAAUGCAGAAUAAGAACAACUAGCCGUCCAAAUCAGACAGCAUCAACCCCUGAUGGGAAAAAAGAGGAGCUGAAAAAGGAAAACACUGGUGAAGAAAAAGAGGAGGGUAAAGAGGCACAGGAAGGCAAAAAGGAACUAGCAAAAAAAGACGAGGAGGAAAAGAAAAAGCAGGAGAGAAAAGAGAGGGAAGCAAGGAAGGAGAAGGAGGUAAGGGAGAGAGAGAGAAAGGAAAAGGAGAGGCGAGAGAGGGAGAGGAGAGAGAGGGAGGAAAGGGUGAGACGGGACAGGGAGAGGAGGGAGGAGGAGAGGAGAGAGAGGGAGAGAAGGGAGAGACGGCGAACACACAGGGAGGGUUCGGCGGGAUCGAGGUCUUCCGGGAGAUCAGAGGGAAGCAAGCGGAGCUCCAGGAAAGACGGACAUGGCCGGAGUACGACUGAUGCAAAGGACAAAAAGGUGGAGGAAGAGGAGGAAGUCGAUGAGUUCCCCUUUGACUUCGGAGACUUUGUUACAGUAGAUGAAGUGGGAGAUGUGGCUGACCUCCCAAGCUCUCCUCCUCCAUCUGUUGACACGGACAUGAAGGAGGAGUUGAAGGGUGCCGCAGAACCGCCGGCUGUAGAUGAAGACUCUCCUGUAUCUGUCCAAGAGGACACGCACAUGGCCACAACUGCACCUACCAUUGUGGCAACAGCUUGUUCAGAGCCUCCACCAGUCACUGAGCAAUCAGAGGUCCUGGAUUCCCAGUUUGAGGUCCUGGAUUCCCAGUUUGAGGUCCUGGACUCCCACUCUGAGGUCCUGGACUCCCACUCUGAUGUCCAGGACUCCCAGCCUGAGGUCCUGGAGUCCCAGUCCUCACCUGGAAGCUCUUUUGCAGCCUUGGAAGCAUCUGCAUCCUUAACUUUGACAUCCACCCCAAUCACAACCAAUCCUCAAGCCACACGUUCCGUUGAACAAACAGAUUCUGAACCAGAUGCCACACCCAGUGCAGACACCACAGCCACACUGGCGUUGGACUCCACCCCUGUAGCCGAAUGCCUCCCUACAUCUGCCCCGGCUGACCCAGAGAAGCCACCGGAAGCUGACCCUGUCUCUGAUGCAGCACCUUCAUCUUCCACUGAAAGCCCUGCAAAGGCAGAUAUGCAGGAAGGGAACAAGGAGACUGGUCGCCUCGACUGCUCUCAGGAAGAGGAGCCGACCUCAGUGGCGUCGGAGAAACUAGAGGAAGUGAAGCCAACACAGGACGAGAGCAAAGAGAAAGGGACAGUGGAAGGCCAAGAGUCGGAGGAUGAGAGCGGGAAGAAGCAGCAGAUCCAAACUCCUACAGAAAAUGAGUCCCUUCUCCCCUUUAACCCGGACAAUCCAGUUGGUAUGGAGUUUCUGGUUCCUAAGACAGGGUUCUUCUGCAAAGUGUGUAACCGUUUCUUCACUGGAUUGCAAGCAGCUCAAAUUAGCCACUGCAAAAGCCUUAAGCACUAUGAGAACCUGCAGAAAUAUUUAAAAACAAGGAAGACGGCAAACACAACUGUCAACGAGUCCAGCUGAACUUUGCUAUGAAAACCAGAGUGAAUCUAGCCAUUCCUCCCGCAACAAGUCAUUGUUUUCAUUCCUAACUGUUCCAGACUUUCUCUCCUUGGUGUAAUUUUGUGUUAUGGUGUUGUUGGUUGUGUUCUUUAUUGGCAUUAGUAUUAAUUUGUCAUGUGUAAGUGAGAUCAGUGGAAGCCAUCUGCAUCCAGAGACAACCCAAUAAAAUGAUUUUUUCUUUUG